AUGGAUGCUUUGAUUUGCAAGCAAUGUCAGAAACUGAGUUGUUGGAGAGUUGAAGAGUCGACGAAACCGUGGUAUUGCAGUGAUUAUAACGAACCUGCUACUCUUUUUGCCACGUGCAUGCGAUAUUUUGCAUUAAAUGAAGAAGAAUUUAGUACUCUGCCUGAGUUAUUGUUUCAAAAAAUUGAAAGUUUGAAAUAUGAGAUGAGCAUUAUUGGAAAAAUGCAUCAGGAAGAUAUUACGCUUGACCUUUCCUGGAUCGUUGUCGGGAGUGAUGGUAAUUUGGACUGGCGUAAGACAUACGCAAAAUGUUAUCGUGAAAUGCUGCCGGACCAUUUUUUCAUAUUUGCGGCAAUGAAUGGAAUUGCUACCAAGGCAUUAUGGGAACGAUUGUUUUAUUCAGAGCAGCACAAAAUAUUGAAUUCGUUUUAUGAACUGAUAAGAAAUACAGCACGUUUGAUGUCUCAUCCUGCUGAAUUUUAUGAACUUCGAAAUAAAAGUAUUCUGAGCGCAGCACAAUAUGGUUGGCCAGCUGCAGUAUGUGCUUGGAUUGGUUUACGAAAUAAUACUCUAAAUAAUAUUAAUUAUCAGGAAGAAUUAGUUGGAAAUUUUUUUGAAGUUUCGGCAAAAAUUCGUACCUUAAGUGAAUUUCAUAGUCGUAUAGCAUGCAAUCAACAACCACCAAGUGCUGCCGAAAUUUUAACAACAUUGCGAUAUUUUCAACAAACAUUGAUUGGAUUUCUGAAAGAAAUGCCACCAGUACCAACAAGCGCCUUCGAGCGUUAUUGUCCCACAUUGAAUCGAGUAACAUUAUAUCCAAAUUUAAACUAUUCCGGACUUUAUUAUGGAAUAAUUAAUUUAUUAGAUGUUUUUCAACAAAUUUCAUCCUCACAUCUUGCUAUUGGUGAUGCAAUUCUUGAUACAAUGAAAGCUUUGUAUUUCUUUCUACAACGUGAUAUUCUCGAACAAUUACCAUUUUUAUUAGCUUCUCAACUUGGUAUUUUACCUGCCGAACUUGAUAAAAAACUUGUGCAUCUGAUAAGCACCUGUUUCAUUCCAUUUAUUUUGAUACCAAAACAGGAAUGCUUUUCAGUGCCAGCUGUUCUAAUGAUGAUACUUCAGCAUUCGACCGAUCUCAGUCUUCAUACACUUUUUAUCGAAAAUCUUUUGGCACAAAAAGAAAAUGUUUACAGGGAUAUGAUAUUAGUAUUAUCAAAAGGUACAAGUGAAGCUCGUAUUGCUGCUGCAAAUUUAUUAUUCCAUUAUUGGCCAAUUCAUAAUAAACACAUAUUACAUCGUAAAUCAAUUCAAUAUCGUAUUCAAGCAUGGACAUGCAUACCAUGUCAAAAUACCAAAUGUGUGGAUAAUGAGCCAAGUGUACGAUGCUGCUUUGAUCCAUUAAUUUCAAUAAAAUACGGUGAGACAGCACCGCCAAUAUCACUGUGUAAAAAAUGUGCUGAAAUGAUAGAAAGUGAUGAUAAGAUAACAACGAUACCAAUUUGUAUGCCAAUAUCAGCAUCGAGUAAUGUAGUUUGUCAAAAUAAGGGUUGUGAAUCAUCAAAACGAUUAGCUAUAGGUAUAUGCUUUUCUGAAGAUUGCAUCCGAUCACAUCAAUAUGUUCCGUUACGACUUUGUCAGGAAUGUCUUGAUGCAUUACAUAGUGUUAAUUGUAAGGAACAUAUUAAUCAUCGUAGUAUGAAAUGUGCUUGGGGGACAGAACUUGAAAGAGAUAUUGUCGAAGCGAUUGUUAAACUUUUAAAAGAAACUUCUGCUAAUUUAGAAGGAUCGGAAACUGAGGGUAAAAGACCGAAAUGGUUACGACAAUUAGAAGGUGGUCAUACACUUGGCCGUGACAUUGAUAAAAUGGCCGAUGAACGAAGAGCAUUAAGUCGUUUUGGUAUUUGGCUUCUUGCGACAAUCUGUCCACCUAUACCAGAAGCUAGACCGCAAGCGAUUGCUUAUAUGAUGUCAAUGUUAUUGCAAUGGUUUGCAACUACUGCUCUAUUACCUAAUGAUUCCAUUGGUGCUGCAUUAGAACAACUUAGAACUGAUUUUGUAUUAGAUUGGAUUAAUUUGGCAAUUAUGAAUCAUUAUGAGAAUUUUGUUGAAACUUUAAUGCCAAAUCCACCAGAAUAUGCUCAGGUUGGAGGCAUCUGGGAUAGACUUUCAACAAAAAAAGAACAAAUGCGUGAUGGACUUUAUAAGUUAUUAGCAAUAAUGCCGUAUGAUAUUAUCACGUUGAGUACGUGGAAUCGAUUAAUGCCACAAUGGAUGCAAAGUAUUUGUGAUUUAAUGGAAGAUGAUGAUUUUUCUGAAUUUAAAAUACUACUCAGCAAAAUAUUUGAACCAGAUCUACGUCCAUUACCAUUCAAUGAUGAGCAAUUAUAUCAGUUCAUUACUGAUCAUUUGAUAACAGGAGAUGAAAAAAGUAUUUCAAAUGCGCUUGAUUGGAUUUAUGCUUUAUCAUUGAUGGAGAUUUCAAUACCACUUCCAAUUUUACUUGAUGCAUUUUCAAAAUGUGCUUCACGAAUAUCACAAUUAGAAUUAAAACGAAAUAAUGAGAAUGGUUUAGAGGAGGAACACAUAUCACUUCAUGUUUCUAUGGUUGAUAUCAUCUCUCAGCAAAUAUCUUUAAACGAUCAAUUGCAUCAUGAAGUAAAUCUAAUUUCUGAAUUAAUCUUUUCCACCUGUGCAAUAAUAUUGCAAAAACCAUUUGCGCAUUGCAAACAUAACUGUGAUAAUCCAGAAUUAGAUGAAUUUCUUGAUUGUUCAGCAUGUCAACAAUCUGUGUUUGUUUAUCAAACUGUUGCUAAAAUUAUGGAACGAUUAUCACCGAAAGAGCAACUUUGUAUAUCAGUUAAUAAUGAUGAGCCAACAAUUGAUUGGAAAACACAAAUUACCAAUGCAUCACCAAAACAAUUACCAGUUGAUAAAUCUAAUUCAUCAAUGACUGCACCAUUACCAAAUGAUUUAUCACCAUUAUCAUCAUUAUCACUUAUUCAAAAAUCAACAACAGCACAUACGGCUGAACUUCAAUUUCAAACAGCUACCAUUCAUGAAACAAGCAUCGAAUUUGUUGGUUUAUUACCUAGUGAAGAGGUGGAAACAGCUGUGGCACACGCAACAACAUUAACGGAAACAGACGUAGGACGUGAAACAUGUCAUAUUGUAACGUCAUCAUUAGUUGAUGAUAUUAAAGGAACAUCAGUGGAAAAUGCAGUGGAAAAGGAAACAACAAAAUUUUGGAAUACUUCAGUUGGACGUUUCCGCUUUGCGCUCUCUGAUUUACCAUCUCAACUUUGCCUUAUUCAUUCAAUUUUAACGAAUUUGGAAAUAGAACCUGAAGCAGAUGCUCAUUACUAUAUGCUUAGAACAGUGAAAUUUAUAUGUCUUCAUUGUGAAUCAUUAUUAAAUGCUCGUCGUGAACAUCGAGGUUAUUUAAUUUGGGCACAAGAAAAUUUACUCAUACCAAAGUUAUGGACAUUACUUCGUUCAGAUCGUUCACAGUUAGCUGAAUUAGUAAUUCCAUUAAUUAUGCAUUGUAUAACAUUACCAAGUGGUGAAGAAAUGUUUUGGAAAGUUGUUAAUACACAAUUUAUCAGUGAACAAUGGGAGGAACGUUUUUCAGCUGUGGAACGAACAACCGUACUUCUUCAAUUAGCAAAUGCUUUACCUGUGAAUACAAAUAAGGUAAUUCAAACGAGUUUAAGUUGCUGUAUUACACAUUUAAUUGCAUCAAUUGAUGAUCCAAAUAUAGCUGUUGCUCAACAAGCAUUAUUAUCCAUUCAACAUAUGCCUUCAGCUUCUUUAAAGUUGAUGUGUCUUUGUUUGGAAUCACAAUUUGAUAGUUCAAUUGUUGAUCGAGCAUUAAUUAUCACUCGAAUUCAACAACUUACAUCAAUUGUUCCAAAUGUAGAAAUUCUCACCUGGGAAUUUUUCAUUCAACGAUUUGAAGGACUUGCGAUUGAGAGUCAACUUCUUGCAAAGAAUGGAGAAUCUAAUUUUAUUCAUGAUCUAACUCAUUCGGAUCCAUUGAGUGAAUUAUAUCAACGAAAAUUAACUCGUGCUCGUCAAAUUAUCGCGAAUAGUUGUAAUGCUCGAUCAAUUGUUCGAACUUUACAAAAUAAUUCAAUGUGUCAUCAACUUAGCACUGCAAUAUUUCGACCAUCGUCAUCUCAAGAAAUGAAAGAAACGUUGCAUAAUACAUCCCAUAGUAGUGGUGCAUUUUCACGUUUACGAGAAUUUACGGAUGAGGAGAGUAAUAUGUGUUUACUGAUGAACCGAGUUGUUGAUAUUGAUAAUCCGGAACGAUACAUUGUUUAUUUGACCGUUUCUCUAUUUGUAUCAUUUCUUUGUAAAAAUAAAGGUGGCGAUGAGAAAGCAAAUGCUAAAAAACAAAGUUUAUUAUUUCGACAUUUUAAUGCUCUCAUUGGUUACAGUAAUUCUGAGAAAUGCUUCACCAUACCACCAAAAAUAUUACGCAAAUCAGCAGUAUGUAAUAGCUUUUUAAGUGGUUUACCAGAAAUUUUGGAUUGCAAUUUGGUAGUGGGUAAUCAGAUUUUAAUGCUUGGUGUACAACUUUUACUACAUUUGCCAUCGCCUCAGAAAUUGGCCAGUGAUCAACCAUUAGUCGAAUAUUCACUUACAUUAUUGGACAUUAAUGCUAGGCAUUUUUGGCUCAAUGCAGUUAUUAUUAUCCUUUAUAAGUAUCGAUAUGAUGCGCCACCACUUAGCGAAUAUUUACAAAAACUUAUUUCAAUAAUUAUUUGCACUCUUGAAGCUGAGGUUCAUAUUUGUAAUAUGAAAGCACAACCAAUAAAAAUUGAAAUGGAUCCAUUAUCAAGUUCUGAUGAAGAAGAAUUAGAAAAUGAUUGUGGUACUGAUAAGUUACAUCGACCUGAAACACUCACUGUUCUAUGUUCACAAGCUAAUUCUGUUAUUGAUGUAAAUGAAGGAAAAUUAGAAGCAAUUGAAGAAGAAGGUAUUGAGAAUGGUAAAAAGAAACAAAUGGAUUGCACAAAACGUCGUUUUCGAAAAACAACAAAUAAUGUAAUCAUGGAUAGACGUACGUAUCGAUGCGGUUACUGCAAUGAAUUAUUAGGGAAUUUUGAUGAAGAAACCUUGUCACUGUGUAUGAUUGCUUUGGAAACAUUUGUUCAUCGAGAACCAGCGAUGGCAGCUCCAAUGCUUUUUCGUAUCAUUAAUACUGUCACCAGAUUAAUUGAAAGACCAUUGUAUCCAUGGCAUGACACAUUGAUGUUUGUUGCUGGAAAUUGUCGAAGUGUUGCAAAACAAUUAAUUCGUAUUUUAUUACAUCAACUAUCAUCAAGCGGAAUAUUUUUGCAAUUAUUUGAUACAAAUAUUGAACGAGUUAAUCAAUUUUGGUCUACAAUAUCAUUUGCUUUAACUGAUUUUCCUGAAUUAAAUCCAGUUUCUGUUAUUCAAUAUUUGCUUGAAGAUAUUCUGGAAGACUGGCCUAAUCGAUUGUCUCGAAUUUUGUUUAAUUUGUCAACGUACGUAGAGUACGUAUCGCCUGAUGCGUAUUUCUCGCAUUGGAGUAUCGUUACUAACUUACUCGACUCAUUCUUUCGUCAAUAUCUCUCGAAAAUUCAAGCACAAACUGAUAGGAAUCCAAUUCGUACUGAAUUAAAAAAUUGUAUCGGUGUAAUGGUAGCUAUUUUACGUGUGCAUAACUUUUCUACAUUUAAGAAUUCAAUAUCGCUAGUAGAAGGAUUCUCGAAAUGGCUUACAGAAGUAUUACAUGAAUGUAAAGUUGAUUUAUUAGAUCUUUUAGCUGUUUGUACGGCAUGUAAUCGUGCUUUAUUAAGGGAUCGUGAUAAGCAAUUCUUAACAAAAGCAAUUGUCUCAGAGCUUGUGCAAGCAUUAAAAUUUAAAUGUGAUAUGAAUGAGCAUAAUUAUAUGAUUGUAUUAAAUUUAAUAUUGCAAGAUGCUGGUGAAGAUGUUCCAGAGGAAAUUAUUGAUGAUCAGUAUAAUACAGCAGCUUGUGAUGCUGUUCGACCAUAUAUCUUUGAUUUUAUUGAUUUUAUAUCAGAUUUACAUGUAUUAACUGAAAUUAAGAGAAUUACCAAUUCUGAUAGUACUGGUGGUGAUAUCAAAUCAUCCGUAGCACAAAUUGUUGGCGUUGAAAUGAGUCGAUCAGGUGUACGUGAUUCUCGAACUGUGAAUCGUUAUUUGCCAUGGUUAGUAUCACCGCCAUCUGUGACGCAAUCUACGCCAAAUGCAUUUGCUGACGCUGUAACAAACGUACGUUUACUUUCAUGGCUGUUAGUUGGAGCACUUCAAGCUAAUCAACCAUGUUUACCGAUACCAAUUAGUUGCUCACAAUAUAUGGCUGAUUAUAUACAUUUUGUACUUGCUGGUUUUGCUGAUCAAUCAAAGGAAUCAGUUGUUCAUAUGUCAGCACUUUUCCAUGCUUUUCAUUUAUGUCAACUAUGGACUGUUUAUUGUGAACGAGCUGCACUAACAUCAGAUGAGCCACAAGUUUCUUCAUUAGCUAAUAUUUUGGACUUUUGGGCUCGAGUAACACCAGCUAUUCUACAGCUUUUAUCACAUUCCAAAGUUUUAGCAGAUAUGGUUAAUUUACAUUUUCUAAAUACAAUGCAAGCAUUGCGACAGUGUAGCUCAGCUGUACUUGGUCAAUUAGGCGCUAUGUGGCAACCAAUUCUAACCGCUUAUCAUGCUCAAAUUCCCAGUAAAUUACGAUUAAAAUUAGAUUGCUGUGAAAAUGAACCAUCGUUAAACUUUGAAUCAUUACAACAAUGGCUUAAAGGUGUACGUUAUAAAAUUUCACAAAUUGAAUUACAAACAUCCGCGGCAUCACCAUUCUAUAAUGUUUAA